GAUAAGACUGUUGAAACGUUCAACUACACCAUUUGAAGACGGUUCUUUUGGUCAUUAGCUGCGUUUGAUAACAAAAUAGGAAAAUGUUUAUAAAAGGGUUGACUUUAUUGGUUGUGGCGUGUAUUGGUGCUGAAGCAAUGGUUUGCUUCCAUGGUAUAUGUGACAGACUUCCUACAAGAGAGCCACUCACCGGCUGUAAAGGAUCCGUGAUUAAAAAUGGAGGAUUUUGUCACUGUUAUGAUGUCUGCGCCAAGCAAGAGGGGGAGACUUGCCAAUCACGUCCCAUUAGAGGCCGGCCAAACCUCGGUACCUGUGACACCGGGUUGGUGUGCGACGCUCAAGAACAUAUGAUCAUAGGCGCAGGAAAGUGUGUUAAAUCAGAGGAGACUAACGUGACUGCACCCAAACAAGACAGAUCGACACGAACGCUAUGUGAGCAGAAAAGAAUCUCCGCAAUGAUAUCGAUGAUUGUUUACAGAGGGCAAUGGUUCCCAAAAUGUGACGCCGCCGGUCUCUUUAAAGCUGAACAGUGCGAUAAUAUAA